UGGGCUUUAUAUAUGCCGUAUUAAUAGUUCAUCAUUCUAUUUCCUUAAAUUAAAGUACAUUCGUAGUGCAAAGAUAGAGAUGAGUAAAGAAAGGAAGUCCGAUUAGGGGCUCACCGCUAUGCUCGUUCUGCUCCGUUAUUCGGUAUAACCACCCACCAUGCCUGCGCCACCGCGGAAUGCUUUAAUCACCGCUAUCCUCCUCCUCCUACUCGUGUACACAAGUGCCCCCGGUGCGGCUGCCAGUUCCGAGGAUUCCGAUCUAGAAGAUGACUGCACCGGCAGAUGGAUCCACAUACGCCGUCUACCGCCGCGGUUCAACCUCGACCUCCUCUCCAACUGCUCCCAAUACCCUCUCUUUGACGACUUCUGCCCCUACCUGCCGAACCACGGGCUCGGUCGGAAAACCCAUAACUCCUCCCACAGCUGGUACCGCACCGACCCAUACAUGCUGGAACUCGUCUUCCACCGCCGUAUGCUGGAAUACCCCUGCCUCACCCCCGACCCCGACCUCGCCUCCGCCAUAUACCUCCCUUACUACGGUGGAAUCGACGCCCUCCGCUACCUCUACGGCCCGGAGGUGAACUCCAGCUUCCGCCACGGCCUGGAUUUGUACGACUACAUAUCCCGAAAAGAUGCCAUCUCCAUAUGGAAUCGAAAUCUGGGUCACGAUCACUUUGUGGUGAUGGCCCGGCCCGCGUGGGAUUUCACCCAACCCGUGACCAACGACCCUCCCAUCUUCGGAACCUCGUUCCUUGAACUGCCGGAGUUCUACAAUGUGACCGCGCUCACACUUGAAUCCAGAGCCUACCCAUGGCAAGAAGUAGCACUCCCAUACCCCACAUCCUUCCAUCCACCAAAUUUAGCGUUCUACCAGUCCUGGGUGAGCAGAGUGAGAAGAUCAAGGAGAAGCACACUGAUGUUAUUCGCCGGCGGAGGGGGGAUCUCAGCAAAUCCCAACAUCCGGCGCAGCAUCCGGCUGGAAUGCGACAACAGCACCAAUGUGGCUGCGUUGUUAGGGUAUGAAAAACUGUGUGAGUUUGUGGAUUGCUCAAACGGGGUCUGCGAGCAUGACCCGAUCAAAUUCAUGAAACCGAUGCUUUCUGCUACCUUCUGCCUGCAACCUCCGGGGGACACGCCGACGCGGCGGUCGACGUUUGACGGGAUCCUUGCGGGGUGUAUCCCGGUCUUCUUUGAUGAAAUGACGGCCAGACGGCAGUACAGGUGGCAUUUGCCAGAGGCAGAGUACGAUGAGUUUUCGGUGUUCAUACCGAAAGAGGAAGUGGUGUACAAUGGGGUGAGGGUGGUGGAGGUGUUGAUGAGGAUGGGAAGAGGGGAAGUGAGGAGGAUGAGAGAAAAGGUGAUAGAGGUGAUGGAGAGGGUGAUGUACAGAAAGCACGGCAGUUCUUUGGGGUUGAGGACCAAGAUGGAUGCCAUUGAUAUUGCAAUUCAAGGAACCCUUAGCCGAAUCAAGUCUAAACUUCAAUAGCUUUGGCAGCCCAAUGAUUCUUUCUUUUUUUCAAUUUUUGUGCCACGUUUUCUUCUUCAUAUCGGAGAUGUGAUGCUUUUUAUUUCAAGUCUCACCAGCGGCCCUUCUUGUAAAACAACUUUCUUCUCUUCUCUUGUUAUAUACUUGUGCCUCG